AUGGCCACCACCGAAAGAGAAAGACCGCUCCAUGAGCUCCUCUCCCGCGACAUGGUCGACAUCUACGUCGGCCCCUCCAACACGCACUGGAUCCUGCACAAAAAACUCCUCUGCUACCGCUCCCAAUUCUUCCGCAACAUCUUCAACCCCCGCGGCAAAAACAACAAGACGACCGAAAACUCUGUCUACGGCCUGCCCGACGAGGAAGACGAGCCUUUCCGCCUGUUUGUCGGAUGGCUUUACUCUGAACGCGUCCCUGCCCCGAAGGAGGAGAAGGAUCUCUCCCCGCUUUUGGACGUGUAUCUGAUGGCUGAGAAGUGGGAGAUUAGGCGCUUGGUGCUUGAGGUCCUUGAUGUUGUGAGGGAGUUUUAUCGUGUGGAGGAUUCGUGGCCGAGUUUGAGGCGGGUGCAGUAUGUUUAUGCGAACACUGAGAAGGAAUCACCAAUGAGGGUCCUGCUGGUGCAGUGUGUGGCGAGAAUGUUGGUGACGGGCCAGGGCGUUCCCGGCCAUUGGGAGAAUGCGUUGAGGAAGAAUGGACAGCUGGCUGUGGAUAUUAUAUUGUGUGUGCAGAAGUGGCAUUUUGAUCCGGAGGGUGUGCCGGAUGCGAGGAGGGAGAGGGUUGAGGAGGUUGUGGAGGUGGCGGAGGGGAAGGGGUUGAGGAUGGAGGAUGAUGAGGGGAAGGGGAACGGGGAGGAGGAGGAUGAGGAUAAUGUGCUGGAUUGGGGGGAGGGGAAGACGAUUAGUCAAGAUGUGAGUAGGAGUCAGAGUCAGGCAGGCGCGGGCGGAGAGAGUGAUGCGGAUAAGACGUUGGUGAAUGGGCACUGA